GUGUGCGCAUGCGUAAACGUAGCACAUACAGACCAGGCUGAAACAGACUAACGGCUGCAGAAGGAUAUUGCUAGGCUAGCUCGAGUCUCUGGCACUGUAGCUGUAGCUACAUCAUGGUAGAGGGCUAAAGCUAGUCUGUGUGAGACUAUAUACAGUCUAUGGUGUGAGACAGGAAGGCAGACAGACAGACAGGGGUUGUGGGUUUUCGGUAGGCGGUGGCAGAAGCUUUGCGGAAGUGUGUGUGAAUCCGGAGUCAUAUGACCAGGCAGGCAGCCGGAGGAGAAAUGUUACCAAGAUAUGGAUAAAAUUCCUCGGACACGGUGACUUUAACAUCCACGGCGAACACGAUGGAGGAGAUUAAAGUGUCUCCUGACUAUAACUGGUUCAGAAGCACAGUGCCCCUGAAGAGAAUUAUCGUUGAUGACGAUGACAGUAAAGUGUGGUCCCUGUAUGAUGCCGGCCCAAAGAGUAUCAGGUGUCCCAUCAUCCUCCUCCCUCCAGUCAGUGGGACAGCUGAGGUGUUCUUCCAGCAGGUGCUGGCUCUGACAGGCUGGGGCUACAGAGUCAUCUCGCUGCAAUAUCCGGUGUACUGGGAUCUCAUGGAGUUCUGUGACGGCUUCAGGAAGCUUCUCGAUCACCUGCAGUUGGAUAAAGUCCAUCUGUUCGGGGCAUCCCUAGGUGGAUUCUUGGCUCAGAAGUUUGCAGAGUGCACACACAAGUCUCCCAGAGUGCACUCACUGAUACUGUGUAAUUCAUUCAGUGAUACCUCCAUCUUUAAUCAGACGUGGACAGCGAACAGUUUCUGGUUGAUGCCAGCUUUCAUGUUGAAGAAGAUUGUUCUAGGGAACUUCGCUAAAGGACCCGUGGACUCUAAAAUGGCAGAUGCGAUCGACUUCAUGGUCGAUAGGUUGGAGACUCUUAACCAAAGUGAGUUAGCAUCGCGGCUAACACUCAACUGUCAGAACUCCUACGUGGAGCCACACAAAAUAAAAGAUGUUGCUGUGACCAUUAUAGAUGUGUUUGAUCAGAGCGCUCUGUCACUGGAGGCGAAGGAGGAGAUGUACAAGCUGUAUCCUAACGCGAGACGAGCUCAUCUGAAAACAGGAGGAAACUUCCCGUACCUGUGCAGGAGUGCCGAAGUCAACCUCUACAUACAGAUUCACCUGCGUCAGUUCCACGGGACGAGAUACGCUGCCAUCAGUCCGGCCAUGGUGAGCGCUGAGGAGCUGGAGGUGCAGGAGAGUCACCCGAACCAAGACUCUGAUGACGACCAAUGAGACGACCUGUUUACCUGCAGGAUGUUUCAGUUUCUCUCACUCUUCUCCUGAACGCUUUCAUUUCAUGGGACAAUUUUCUAUGGAGCUCAACAGCCAGCCCAUCAGCAUGUCAGCGAAGGAUAUUUUUAUUCGACAGAUGAAGCAAUAUUUUGAUAAUGAGCCGCACAUAAAUGCUACUCGCCUGCUUCACUUCAAAACUUGCCUUAUGUAAAAUAAAUUUGACAGUAGUUGCACUCAUAAACUUCCUGAACUGUUUGGCCUCAUGUGUUAAUGUGUAUAAUAUUUUGUGGUUAACACAGCCUGCAGUUAACAGGUUUACUGUUAACACACUGGUUAUGGACAGACGUAUAUCUGAAAGUGUGUGUAAUCCAAUGAAUUUCCAUUUUGUUCCAUUUGCUUUGGAAUACACUUAAUUAUAUAGAA